GAAGCAAACGUAAACCUCCCAACAUGAGCAAACAAGAGAAGAGAAUAGUUUUACUGGGAUCUCACUCAGAUGUCAAAGUGUCCUGUGGUAACAGCAUCCUGGGAAAGGAGGUCUUCUCAGAGUCAUUCCAAUCUUCACAAAUGUUUGACAGACAUGCUGGUGUAGUAUUAAACAGACGUCUGAUGAUCAUCAACACUCCUGACCUCCACGAUCUUGCUCUGUUUUCUGAGGAGAAAGACAUUAGGAGAUGUUUUCAAAUGGUUUAUCCUGGACCUCAUGCUCUGCUGCUGGUCCUUAAGUAUGGCACAUUUACAGAUCAGGAGAGAGACGCCCUCAACCUCAUAAACUUAAUUUUUGGGCCAGGUGCAUCAGAUUUUGUGAUCGUGGUCUUUAUGCAUGAAGAGCCGACGGAGUAUGUGAGCGUUACAGACUCGACAGACCCUGAUGAAAUGGCAGCUGACUCUCUCUUACAGAUCUGUAAAUGGCCACAGCAUCAUCUGAAGAUUACAGGAGACAAAUCUCAGGUGCAGAAACUUCUGGAGAGCAUUGAGAAGAUGGUGAAGGAAAAUGGAGGACAUUACUUAACCAUUCCUGAAGACAUAAAUUCUGCUAGGCAAUGUAAAAUGACAACAAUAAAGGCCACAGAGAAGAGCUCCAGUGAACUGAGAAUUGUGUUGAUUGGAAGAACUGGAGUAGGGAAAAGUGCAACGGGAAACACAAUCCUGGGAAAAGAUGUGUUUGAGUCUGAAGCCAGCAUGAAUUCUGUGACAAAGAGAUGUCAAAGAGAGAAAGGAGAGGUAUGUGGUCGAGCUGUGACUGUGGUGGAUACACCAGGACUGUUUGAUACAAAACUCACUAAUGAUGACAUCCAACAAGAGAUCAUGAGAUGUAUUGAACUCUCUGCUCCAGGACCUCACGUCUUUCUGCUGGUCAUUGUUGUUGGACGAUUCACACAAGAAGAAAGAGAAACUCUUCAACUCAUUCAGAUGACCUUUGGACAGAAAGCUGAGAGCUACACCAUAGUGUUGUUCACACGAGGAGACGACCUUAAUAAAAGUAUUGAAGAAUAUAUUGAGAAAGGUGAUCCAGAUGUCAAGAAACUGAUCAAAAACUGUGGAGGAAGAUAUCACAUGAUUAAAAAUAAAGAUAAAGACCCUGAUCAGGUGGUGAGUUUAUUAAAUAAGAUUGAUCUGAUGGUGAAGACUAAUGAUGGCACUUUUUACAACAACCAAAUGUUUCUCGAGGCAGAGAGAGCACUCAAACUCAUUCAAAUGUACAAGAAGAGAGAGGACGAGGCCAGACAAGAGAUGGAGGCCAUUAAAGCUAAAUAUGAGGCUGAAAUUAAAGAAUAUAAAGAGAAACUCAACAAAAAAGGAAAUAAAAUUUUUAAAAGUCCUACAUUUAGAAAAGAGCAGUGGGCAGAUCAGAAACUUCAGCCGUCAAAAGAAACAAAUCAAGAGAGAGAAACAACAGAUUCACAUGGAGCAACAGGAGGAGAAUCUGAACAAUGUAAACCCAAUAAAACAUGGAGGGGCUUUACAAUUAAAAGAAAAGCAAAAAAGCAAAGAGGAAAGUCUGAAAUGAAAGAAACAUCAGGUAGUCAAGAGAUGAUCAGCAUCAAUCACAGUCUAGAAAACUUCCAGAUUAAACCAGAAGAUCUGACCACAGAGGAAGAGCAACACACAGAUUUAGAUGAAAUAUCAGAAGAGGAGAGAAAAAUAAAUACAGAAAAACUUUUGCUUCAUCAGUAUAAGGAAAUGGAGGAAUGUAGACAGAAAAUUGAGGAGAUCAAGAGAAGAUACAAAGAAAUUGAAGAUAUGUAUGCUAAAAAUCUCAAAGUAAACAAGAGAAAACAGGCAAAAGAAAAACCAUGUGCACUUCAGUAACUAUCACUUUUGGAAAUAUAUUUUGUUUAUGUUUGUUUAUGUUUUUGUGAAAAUAAACAUUGUAAUGUAGAAGUGUCUAGUAGGGGUCAACAAUUCACAGAAUAUAGGUAGGAACCUUUCUUUAGGUAACAGGUGUUGCUGCAGGGAAGCAGCACACAGUAUGUUGACUGCUACACAAGGAUACGCUAUGCCACUAAGCAAGUGAGAAAUAUGCAGCGAUGUAUUGGUAAAUUAUUUGAAUUGUAGAUUUAUUGACUUUUUGGAUUCUUGAGUGGACAUUUUAGUUAAUAACAAGCCAAGUGUGUUCAUACUUUAAAGAGCACUGUCUAGCAU